UGAAAAGCUUCCAAAGAAAAACAGUGCUGUAUUUAAUAUGAGUCCAUAGAAAAUGAGGUGUUACUAUUUUAGUUACCACUGGGGAAGAGUAGGCUAAGGGGUUGUGCACUGUUGUUGAUAAGGAGGUUGAACACACUUGGGAGGGACUGAAGGAAGAUCAGCAGACAUCAGAUUGCUAUUAAGAGUGAGCAUCACUAGCUUAGAGAAGCGGAGCUCCAGAAGUGAGGAUUAUCCAGGUAUACAGAGCUCUGCCUAGAGCACAGGCAUCACACUUAUUGGAGAAUGGAUUGCCAAGACAUGUCUUCUCCUUCCAGGACUGACUCUUCAGAGGAGCUCAGCUCAUCCCUACACAUGUCUAAAGGCAUGUCAAUCUUCCUGGAUAUCCUGAGACGAGCAGACAAAAAUGAUGAUGGAAAACUGUCCUUUGAAGAAUUUAAGGCUUACUUUGCUGAUGGAAUCUUAAGUGCAGAGGAGCUGAGUGAGCUUUUCCACACCAUCGACACCCACAAAACUGACAAUCUGGACACAGAAGAAUUAUAUGAUUACUUCUCACAUCAUUUGGGGGAAUAUGAAAGUGUGCUGGCAGCACUGGAAGCCCUAAACCUCUCAAUACUGAAGGCUAUGGACAAAACAAAAAAACAAUAUCAGAAUGCCCCAAAAUUGGAACAGUUUGUAACACGUUUUCUGCUGAAGGAAACAUUGAACCAGCUGCAGUCUCUCCAGAACUCAUUAGAAUGUGCCAUGGAAACUACGGAGGAGCAGACACGCCAGGAAAGGCAAGGACCUACAAAGCCACAUGUACUUUCAAUCCCAUGGUCAGGAAAACGAUCCAAUCGAAGACUUCAGAGAAAUAACAGUUUUUCACCUAACAGCCCUCAGUUCAAUAUUGGCUUGUUAGACGAAGACAACCAGUGGAUGACCCAGAUAAACAGACUUCAGAAACUAAUUGAUAGGCUGGAAAAGAAGGACCUAAAGCUGGAGCCCCUGGAGGAAGAGAUCUUAGACGGCAGCACAAAAUCUCACAUAAUGAUUGUUCAGCGCCAGUUGACUGUGCUAAUAGAGGAGCUAGAAGAAUUUCGCCUUUCUUUGAAACACUACGUAGAUUCUGUUUCGGCUCAGUCAGGCUGUCUACACGUGUCCAUUCAGAAACUUUCCAGCGAGUCCAGAUACAUCAUUUAUGAGUUUUGGGAGAAUAGUAAUAUAUGGAAAAAUCAUCUCCAAGCUAAUUACAGCAAGACAUUUCAGCGGAGUAACGUUGAUUUCCUGGAAACACCAGAGCUGAUGACUACGAUGCUCGUACCUGCUUCAUGGUGGGUUCUCAAUAACAACUGAACUCGUAUUCACCUGCAGACAUGCUAAUAUUAUUUGACAUAGCAU